AUGACAUCCAUGAUGACUGAUGAAGUCAAUGUGAAUCAUGACGGAUUGUCAAAUUCAUCGAAAGUUGUGAAAUUUUCCAACUUAUGUAAUCUACUAGAAAGAAUUUCAAAAAGCCAGGGUGCCAUCGCCAAACAGAAACUCAUGACUCGAUUCAUCAGCGAUUGGCGGAAAACACAUAAAGAAGUUCAUGUAAACGAUCCGCCUGUGACAGCACCUGCUCCAGUAACGACAGCUGAUGGCCAAACCGUAACGGGCGGCCUUAGUGGAGCGUCACCAACGAUCCUGCAAGAUUCAUUCUAUCCAAUUAUACGCUUACUUCUACCACAAUCCGACCGAGAACGUAUUGCGUAUGGUCUGAAAGAAAGUAAACUGGGCAAACACUUAGUCGAAGUUCUCAGCAUUUCCAAAGAUAGUGACGAUGGAAAGAAAUUGUUGAAUUUUCGUGUACAGAAGAACACACGUACUCAGAAGGGAAGCGACUUUGCUGAGGUUGCUUAUUAUGUUUUAAAAAAUCGAUGUAACGAUGAUGUGACAAUGAGCAUCUGGGAAAUCAAUAAAAUUUUGGAUGAAAUCGCCGUUGAGAACGGCAAAGGAAAAGAGGGUCAAAAAGUUAUCGAUCAUCGUUUAACAUAUCUACUUCGUCAUCUUAGUGCUUUGGAAUUAAAAUGGUUGAUCCGUAUUUUAUUGAAAGAUUUACGUAUAUCUCUGAAAGAAAACUCCAUUCUUGAAUGUUUUCAUCCCGAUGCGAAAGAUCUGUUUGAUCACACGAGUAAUCUAUUCAAAGUUGCUGUUUAUUUACACGAUCCAGAAAAACGUCUUCAUGAAAUCGGUUUGAGUAUAUUCUCACCGUUUCGACCUAUGCUUGGUGAAAGAACGCGUGCUGAUAAGAUUGAACAAUUGAUUCGAAAGAAAUCAACAAAUCCAACCGCUGCUCUUGCAGAAUUCUAUAUUGAAACGAAAUAUGAUGGCGAUCGUUUUCAAUUACACCGAGACAAAGAUCAAUUCAUGUAUUUUUCACGUAAUGGCCAUGAUUAUACAAGUGUGUUUGGACCUGAUUCGAAUAAUAUCGGUACUUUGACACCGUAUAUCGCCAAUACAUUCAAAAUCGAUUGUGAAAAAUGCAUCAUCGAUGGUGAAAUGGUUAUUUAUAAUCGAAAUGAAAAAAUUAUACAUUCCAAAGGUGACAGUUUUGAUGUCAAAUCGAUCCAAGCCAAUGAUUCACAAUUACAGCCUUGUUUUAUCGUCUUCGAUAUUCUCAUGUAUAACGAUGAAGUUCUGACAAAUAGACCGUUAAAUGAACGUUUACAAUAUUUACAUAAGAAGAUUCUCGAGCCAAUCGAAGGACGAAUAACCUUUUCGACUAUUAAGCCCGGUGCAUGUAAUCAAGAUGUCAUUAAUGAACUAAAUUUAGCUAUUGAAGAGCGACAAGAAGGUAUUGUAGUCAAAGAUCCGUGGUCUGUCUACAAACCAAAUGUUCGAGAAAAUGGCGGUUGGUACAAGAUCAAACCAGAUUAUACUAUUGGUCUUAAUGAUGAAAUUGACUGCUUGAUUGUCGGCGGUUAUUUCGGUACUGGUCGUUUGCGUGCUGGUAUGCUUUCUCACUUUCUUUGUUGUGCUGUUGUCAAACAAAGUAAUACUGAGGCGAAAAAUGCCGAUGACGAAAACGCAGCAACAUCGUCAUCUCAAUGCAAAGUCGAUGUUCGCGAUUUUCUCUAUUAUUCGUUCUGUAAAAUCGGUUCCGGUUAUACACACAAAGAAUUGCUCGACUUUAAUAAUCGUUUUGCUAAUAAAUGGAAGCCAUGGUCGAAGAAAACCGCACCGUCAUAUAUCCUAUGUACAUACGAAAAGCCCGAUGUCUGGAUUGAACCGAGUGAUUCCUGUAUCGUUCAAGUGAAGGCGACAGAAUUCAUGGCUUCAGAUAAAUACAAAUGCGGUUUUACAUUACGCUUUCCACGCUUGGAGAAAUUUCGUGAAGAUAAGGCUUGGCAUGAGUGUGUGACGUACCAAGAGUUGAUCGAUUUAAGAGAAAAAAAUUCCGGCAAGUUAGCAUCACGUUUUAUGGAACAUGAAGGAAACGAAGAUUUCGAUUUGAAUGAUGAUGGUCAACGGACGAUAACUAUGACCAGAAAAUUACAAACGAAAUCUCGACAACAAGCUAAGCCAACUGUUGAUUCACGUUUCCGCGGUAUUGACCAACAAGCGGUGAAACAAACAGGACAUUUCCUAUCCAAUUUGCAGUUCUGUAUUAUGGAAGGCAAUGCAAAACACACGAAAGCUGAUUUGGAAAAACUCAUCUAUGAAAACGGUGGAACUUGUGUACAAAAUGCCAUUACCAAAACACAUUGUGUUAUAACAGAUAAUCCGUCCAGUAUUCGUCUUCGCACAUUGAUCAAAAACAAACUAUACGACAUUGUUCAUAUUGCUUGGUUAAUACGCUGUAUCGAACAUAAAGAACUACUUCCAUAUAGUUUAUCUGAUUUGAUUUCCUGUACUGAUAAAACUCGUGAAGCUCUGAAGUUGCUCUAUGAUGAAUACGGUGAUGCUUACUAUGCACCGACCAAUGAGGAAGAACUCCGAGAAAUAUUCAACAAGAUGUCAUCGAUUCCUUCGCCGCCACCCUCUGCGCCAUCGACACCGAGCAAAAAGUUACCAGCAAAUAAAAAACGUCGUCUCAAUGAGCUAGUUCCGUUGUCUCAAACGACAAUUAACAUCGAAAAGAUACCAAAUCCCUUAGAUGAUAGAGACAAACUCCGCACAUUUAUCUCUGAAUUUGAAAAUGGCUAUUUUCCUGAUGAAUCAUCGGAAUAUGGACUUUUCCGUUUAUUCUAUAUCUACUUCGAUCAAUAUUGGACGAUUGGUGAUGAAACAACUCAAUUUAUCGACUCCAAUCAUAAACUGAUUAUCUUACAAAGUCAAUUGCAUGGCGCACGUAUAGCCCAUUCCGUGACAUCGGAUGUUACUCAUGUCGUUUGCAUCAAACCAGCUAAAGACGACAAGAAAUUAAACGACCGGUUAACUCUUUUCAAACAAAUUAAUCGUGAUCGUUCGACUAAAUUUCAUCUGAUUAGUUAUGAUUGGAUCAAAGCUUGUAUCGAAAACCGCCGUCCUAUGAAAGAGCUACCGUUUGCUCUUUAG